AGUGACACAAAUAUUCUGAGAUCCCAAUAUGCCCACAGUACGCGUGUGCCUGCAAUGGACAUCGAUUGUUUUCAAUACAAUCACACUGGCCGUUGGCAUCGGGGCCGCCCUGGCCGGAUUCUACGAGUGGCAGAAGUUUGACGAGGGCUCCACCGAGCACCUGGAGAAGUUCAUCCAGCUGGGCAUGGCCGGUGCCCUGAUCCUGGCCGCUCUUAUAGGCUGCAUGGGGGCCUUCCUUGGCUCCAUCAAGGUCAUGGUGGUGCACCUGGUAGUGCUCCUCGCCCUGAUUGGCGCGCACAUCUGGAAGCUGUCCCACUACAACGAAUCGAAGCAACUGGACGCCACCGAGGUGUUUGUGAUGGAUCUCUGGAUGAAGGAGCUGGUGCAUCACGGCGCCAUGCAGCACCUGCAGCAAGAGUACGAGUGUUGUGGCGACAAGGGCUUCUCCGAUUACACUAGUCUGAACAUGAAGGUGCCUCGCAGCUGUUUUCACACCAAGGAUGGCAUUCACGCCUUCCAUCCCUACGCCGAAGGAUGUAUGGCAGCCGUGAAGCGGGCAUAUCUGCAGAUAUAUCGAUACGAGAAGUGGGCGCACUGCGGACUCAUUGGAUACGAGGUUGUGGGCAUUAUCUUGGGCAUUACCUUGUGCUGCCAGCUCACCAGUAAGACUCGCCGCUAUACCUACUAAGUUUCUACAUGCA